AUGGUCUCCCAACCCGAACCGGCCCCCGUCGCACUGUCCCACCGCCGCGGCCCCUUCUCGGUCUCGUCGGUCGCGACACGCCCCUCCCUGUCCCGCACACGACGCUACAACCGCUCUCACGGCGGAGGCGCCUCCCAUGUCCCGCAGAACGAGUUUCCCGUCUUCGCCCUCAGCGGCGAUGUCGAGAUCCUCGUCCGCGCCGGUCCAUCAGAGCACCGCUACCUGCUGCACCGCCAUACCUUGACCCGCUGCAGUGGCUUCUUCGAGGCCAGCACCUCGUCCGAGUGGUCCAAGGCCCGGCCGCUCGCCGCCAACGGCCACGAGCUGGCCCGCAUCGGAGAGUCCCCUUCGCUCCCCGAGGACCUUGCUCCUCUCACCAACCGACGGGACGAUGCCUUCCCCACCGCCACGGCCACGCCAAGGAGGCGCUGGAGGUACGAGUUGGAUCCUGGCGCCGGCGAGGGUGACAUCCCCAUGCUCGUCCAGAAGAAUGAGUCGGAGCCGCCUCAUGCCGGUUCCAAGCCGGGCGUGCGGUCGAUCUUCGGGGAAGGGGUCGGCACCGAUUCGUCGGCUUCCAGGUCGACGACCUCCCGAAAGCACGACCGUGGCAACCAGGUUGCCUUUGCCUGCUCCGUCACCAACCUGAGCGUCGGUGCGAGGUCGCCAAUGCCCCUGUCCCAGGCCGAAGAACAGCUCCUGCGCGACUACGACAAUCUCUUCCGCAUCUUCUACAACUACCCCCCGGCACUCGACGGAAUCAAUGUCGUUGACGCCUACGUUCAGUGCAAGUCCCUCCUUGCUCUCGCGGACCAGUACGACGCCCUUGCCGUCGUCGGUCCCCGCGUCGACCACCAUCUAUUGCAGUUUCAGUCACGCCUGUGGACGCAGGUUGCCAAGUAUCCCAUCUCCUACUUGCGCCUCGGCUACCUCGCCCGGAGCAAGGUCAUCUUCCGAGAGGCACUCAUCCACGUCGUCGGUCAGUGGCCCAUCGGCGGACGUAGCGGACGUGCCACCCUGCCGGACGUCGUCUUGGACAUCAUCGAGGACAAGGUCGAAGAGCUCGACGAGACGGUGAGCCAAGUCGAAGGUUGCCUGUUCCGCCUCAGCCUCACCACCGCUCGAGGUGACCGCGUGACGCCCAACACGAGCUAUCUGGACUGGCUCGUCGUCAGCCUCUUCCGCCAGUGGCUCGCCGAGAACACCACGCCCCAGCCUCCUCCCGAUCGUCACCACUGCAGUCGCAGCCGCAGCUGCAGCCGUAACGUCAACCGGAAUCGCAACCGGAACCAUGGCCGUCAUCCGUCCUUGCCGUCGGUCCGACCGCCUCCCACCUCCGUCGGCGCCGCCUACCGCACCCUCGGCGCCGGCAACAGCACAUUUCUCGGCCACGAUGAGUGCAAGAGUUUUCUCAAGCUGACGCCCGAGCUCUACAGUAGAGAAAACCUCCGUAGGUUUGAGAGGCGUAUGGAAGAGCUCAAAGCCAUGGCGAGGGACCUCGUUCACCCGCUCCUCGACAGCGCCCUCGAGCUUGACACGGUCGCCCCCAGCAGGACUUCGGACGGCCUCCCUUAUCUCACCUGUACCACCGUCGGGAACUGGGACCUCCCCUGGCCCGUGGACGACUAG